CGUACCGUUAAGCGGGCUAUGGGUACGAUGGAUUACCAUAAAUGCGUCGCCUGUCAAAAAGCAUGGGUUUCUAGGAACCUCGCCGAAAAACGCGUCGAUUUCGCUACCUUAAUGAAGGACCGGUAUCCUACCAAAUACCGGUGGAGGAGGCUCCGUUUUAGCGACGGAGUCCCACGCCGGGCUUGGUCCGCAGGGAAAGUUGAUGAUUAUUCGACGCCCGGGCGAGCGGUAUUGCCCUCAGUGUGUACAACGACAAGGAGAAGUUGAACAGAACGCCAAAAACAACGUCCACGUCUGGGGGGCUGUUGGCUACAACUUCAAAUCAGACCUUGUAACGUAUGAUGUACCGAGCAAUACCACGGGUGAGAUGGCGCAACAAACAUAUAUCGAUUCCAUCCUAGAUCCCAUUGUCAACCCUUGGAUCCAGAACGGUCACGAUUUUGUAUUGGAAGAGGAACAAGACUCAGGCCAUGGGCCGCCACGUGCUAGGGGAAAUAUCGUAAAGGAAUGGAAGUCCCAUUCUGAUCACCGUCUUGAACACUAUUUCAAUUGCGCAGGAUCUCCAGACCUCACGAUCGUUGAGGACGCUUUCCAACCAAUGAAGCAACACGUACGUAAAUUUACCCAUUGGGAACCUGAUGAGAUGCAACAGCUUUUGAAAGAGUGAUGGGACGGAAUUCGGCAGGAUUGGAUCAAGGCCCGCGUUGAUUCCAUGCCUGAUAGGCUUCAGGAGGUGAUAAGACGCGGAGGGGCAGAUAAUAGGGAAUAAAAAGGCGAACUCUU